CUCCCGGCCUCCAGCACUGGGCACCUGCCCUGGCGGCUCUGGCUCCUGGGCUCAGGGCUGCUGAUCUCAGGCCAUGGCCUCUGCCCAGCGCCCUCACCCUGACAGGGAGCCCCAGAGGCGUCCAGAGGCCUCGAGGUGUGACGUCCCCAAGGGAGUCGAGCAGCCAGGCCAGCACUGGACACCGGGCUGGGCGGACAAGGCAGAGUUGGACAGUGCUGCCAGGGGUACCUGGCCACAGAGGGAAGAUGGGCUCCGUCUGCCUGUGGCCGAGGACUGUGCUGUGGCCCUGCUGCAGUGGCCUGGGCCGGCCCGGCAGCCAGGUGCUCUCGGGACACCUCCCUUGGCCUGGUCGGAUGAUGGCGACGCCUUCUGGUCCACUGAGCAGGAGGCCAGGGACGGGGCCAGCUCAGUGUCCUCCGGCUGCCUGUCUGGCUCCUUGGGGGGCCACGUGUCUUGUGCUCCUCCCUAUGGGCCCUGGAAGGAGAGGCCACCCCGGGUGCCACGGCCACAGCGGUGGUGGCCCAGAAAGAGUGACCCGCGGCUGGAGCGGCUGAGGGACCGGAUCCGCCAGCAGGCGCGGGGGUCGGCCAGCUGCACCUCCCUGAGCACCUCAGCCUCCUCCAGCGCCUCGCACCUCUGUUCCACCUCCACACUGGCGGCCCCGAGGAUUCGCAGGGUGACAGCUGCCCUUCCAGCCUCUGCACACCCAGGUGUUGGCAUCCGCGUGCCUGAGACCCAAGGGGAAGACCAGGCAUCCCCAGGUGCGGGCCGGGUGCUGUCCUGGGCCACCCAGCACCAGGCUCCAGCUCCCCAGGACAAAGCCAGGCGGACCAGGAGCCAAUCUUGCAGAAGGGCCAAGGCCCCCAGGUCACCCUCGCCCAGCACAGCUGCCAAAGGCAAAGAUCUCGAGUCUGUUGGUGUCCGCGCCUGGAGGAGAGGACAACAGCUGGCCAGGUUGCUGCUGGGGCCGCCUCCUGCCCGGCCCUCACUCUGGAGCACUGGCCCCCGGAGAGACCUCGGCCCCGCCAUGCGAUUAGGGGACAUCAAGAAGGCUGCAGCAGCCGAGGGCUCCUCGGCUCACACCUGGCCACACAGGCCCACCUCGGCCACCAGUGACCGGCAGGUGUCCGAGAACACAGCCAGCCUGGCUUCCCACUGCCAGCGGGCAUCCAUCCAGAGCGCCAUGGCCACCCUAGGAGACCUCGGCUGCCAAAUGCAGGCUGGGCUGGAGCUGGCCCAGGGCCCCGGGGAUGGGCGGAAGCACAGGCCAUCAAAGCUGAAGCCAAAGAACCUGGGCCCGCAGGGUCCCCGGAGCACACGGCACAGGCAGGGCGGCUUCCGAAAGAGCUCUUGGAUCAUGACGGAGGGGACACGCUCCACCUCAGACAGGCCCAGCCUCUCCCAUCCCCAGCAGCCCGGGAGGACCUCGGCGGAGUGGCAGCCCUGUCCUCAGAGGGCCUGCGCAGCCAGAGGAUGGGACCUCUGCUUCCGGAGACCUCCGCGCCCCCCUGAGGAGCUGAGCCCCUCUUCUCAGCGGCCCUGGAGUGCCCUGACCCGUCAGGGCUGUCCUCAGCAGGCCUGGGUGGAUGGAGAAGACUGGGAAGUCCCUGUCCCCAGACCAUGGCGCUCUCUGGAAAGACCUCCCCCUGAGCCUCGGCGCCCCUGGAGUGGGUCCUUCCUGGAUAGGGCCGGACCCCCCUGCAAGGCCAAAGGCACCACCACCCCUCCCUCAGAAGCCAAGCAGGCCUGGCCGGGGAGCUCGCCAGGGAAGGGCCUUGAGGCACAGCCGUGCCCACCCCACCUGCAGCCCCGGGGGCCCCUGGGCCGGCUCCACAGCUCCAAGGCCCUGCGCGACUUCAUGCACCAGAAGGCACAGGUGCGACGGCAGCAGGUCCUGCAGCAGGCAGUUGCGGCCAUGGAUGCGCUGGAGCGGAGAAGCCAGCAGCUGCAGGAGGUCUACCGGAAGCAGAGGGAGGCUGUGCAGGGCCAGGCGGUCCCUGUGGUCUCCCAGACCAGCCCUGGCAUCGUCACCUUUGUCCCCAGCUCCACACAGUCAGGGGUCCCGAAAGCCCCUGGGAGCCUGGAGCUCCCCGAGCUGGGGUGGAGCAAGGUGACUUCGGGGAAGGUGCUGGGGGACCAGGAGGUCCCGGGCAGUUUCUGUCUGUGUCUGAAUAGAACCUGGAACCACCCGGAAACGCCCCUGCCCGUGUCUGCCACCUCCUUGCCGGGCUCCCUGUGGCUCCAGGACCAGGCCCGGGGGCUGCAUGUCUGCCUGGACCCUCAGGCAGCUGAGCGGCUGGGGCUGUCGGGCCCCCUGCAGCCACGGCACAAGCAGGCCCGGCUGCAGGCUCUGGAGACCAUGGCCGACGUCCUGCAGCAGCGUGUCGACAUCCUGACUGCCAAGCUGUGUGGAAAUGGGGCCCCCAGCAAUGUGCCCACCGCCCCGGCCUGCCCAGGGCCCUUGGUGCCCAGAGGGGACAGAGGGUCACCUCACGACGACUUCCUGGACGUGGAGGUGCUGCCGUGGAACCUGGAGAGCAGCCCCGAGAGCCAGCACCAAGGUGCCAUGCAGGAGGGACACUGGCAGCUGGGGCAAAGGCUGCAGCGAGACUCGGCUCCCGUCCAGGCCCCUGGUGUCGGCACGGGGAGCACGCUUGGGGCACCCGCUGCCCCGUGCCCCACCUGUGGCUCCCUGAGGCUGGAGGACCUGCUGACCCCCUGGACCCCCCGGAGCUGCUGUAAGGGUCCCCAGGAGCCCAGAGGGCCGCACCCCAGAGGCCGAGGUGGGCACCCUGCUAACUUCCAGCUGAAGUCCUUGAGCUUCCUCCAGUCACUGAAGCUGGACCAGCGGAAGCAGGAGCAGGCUCUGGCUCUCCUGCGGCAGCGAGCGGAGCAGGAGGUCUGGGAGACACAGAUGGCCCUGGAGGGGCUGCUCUUCAAACACCAGCUGCAGAGGCUGACGGAGAAGCACGGGGCCCAAACCAGGCCAGGAAUGGUUUCCAAGCCGGAGCAGCCACAGAUCCAUGUGGGCCCAGAGCCCACAGCACUGGCCCAGAGACCCAUGCUGGCCAGGAGCAGGUCACCCCCAGCCCUGGGGAGAGAGGUCACCGGGUCCUCCCGGGUCCCUGAGGAGGGGCAAGCCAGCGUGGAGGGCAAGUCGGCUUCUGCAGGACUGGUCGCGCUGGCCCCAGCCCCCGCCCAGUCGCCCCUGGCCAGGCUCAGCCCUCGGGACAGCGCCGGCCACCAGGGCAGCGCGGGGAGCACCCGGAGCACCAAGCCAGGAGCGGGCUCCGUAGCGGCGCCGAAGCAGAGCCUGCGGGAGGAGGAGCUGCGCGCGCAGCACCGGGCCGCGCUACUGCGCCUGCGCCGGAUGGCGCUGGAGGAGAUGGCACGCGCCGAGCUGGCCUGGCUCGAGCAUCUGCGAGGGUGUCUGGGGAGCCCGGGCCACCGAGCCACAGGGGCUGCCGUGUGGGAGAGGACAAGGCAGGCCCUCAGCAGGCUGGAGAAGGGGCGGCAGAGUCCCAGCCCUAGAGUCAAGGCGGCCUGGGAAGCCCCCUCUGAGACAGGCCCACUGGAGGGAGCCCCAACACCACGCAGGCCUGGCAGCCCUGCCAGCCCACGAGCCCAGAGAGGCCCUGAGAAUGCGGAGGUCAUAUGCCUGGCCUCUGAGCACUGGGAGGGGACACCUGAGACGCCCUCAGAUGCCGAUGGCCACCAGCAGCCUCCGAGGCUAGCCUGGGGAGAGGACACAGCCAAGGCCAGCAGCCCGCCCGAGGACAGAGGCAGUCCUUUAGCCCAAGAGUCUUUCAUCCCCCGGCUGGACCAUCGGCACUCAGGCUUGCUGGACCCUGGACAGCUGCUGGACUCAGCCUCUCCUGCCCUCGAGGCAGAGGGAGGCGCCCCCAAAGCUCAGCCUGGGCCACAGGAGGCACCGGAGCCACCCCCAGGGGCCCCUCAGACACAGCCCAGAGCCUGCUGGCCCGGGAAGAGGCCCCCGACUCGCAUGGGUGGCUGCGCUCGCGGCUCCCAGGGGCCAGGCCUUGGACGCCCGGGAGCAGAUGGUCCUCCGGUUGCCCGGGAAGCACGUCAGGUGGCUGAAGGAAGCACAUGCCAAGCUGGACUAGAUGGUGGCGGGAUCCCCACAGAGGAACCCCUGGAAGUGGAGAGCGGGCCGCCUGGGGCGCAGAGGACAGAGGCCUGUCAGCAGGAGGACAGCAGCAGCCCCCUGGCCGCCUCCCCAGCAGCUCCUGCAGCCCUGGAGGAGGAGGCAAGAAUGCUUGUGUACCUGGGCUCCGGGCCUGCAGCUGGGCUCCCCUUGGGGUCUGCAGGGUCCCCAGCGUCGUCCCCCAUGUCCUCAGCAGGCUCUGCGUGUGACUUGUCCUGCUCCUCCCUCCAGGAGUUUCAGAAAGCCACAGCCACCCUGGUCCAGCUUUCUGACGGCUCCCUCUCCCUGUCUGGCCCCGAGGCCGAGGGCAGCCGGGCCACAGAGCCCAGCUGGUCCGAGGAGCUGUCUGCUCACGAGGACUUUGCCCCACCCUUGUUUUGGGGGCUCCACCAGGGUGACCCUCAGCCGGGUGCUGUUCCUGGGGGUGCAGGGCCGGUGACCUGGCAGAGACCAGAAUGUGGCCAGGCUGGUGCCCUGCCUGGCUGUCCAGUGGAGGCAGCAGUGGCAGACGACUUAGUCCCAGAGCAGAGCUCCUCACAGGCCAGCUGCCCACUGCCUGCCCAAGAUGUUCGUUCUCCAAGGUCUGGGUCAGAGCUGUCAGAGGCCUCCAGCCAAAUUUGGGACGAGGACAUUGAAGAGAACCUGUCAGAACCUGGCCCGGGGGCUGAGCCCACCUCUGGCAGCUCCUCGCCUCCUGGCUUGUCCAGCUUGGAACACAGCAUGGCUGUACCUGCCUUGGGCCCCAGACAGGGACAGGAACCUUCUGGAACCAGCCGGAGCCUGAGCGGUGGGUCAGACACAGGGAGCACAGAGCAGGCGUCCCCUGAGGCGGCCUCUACCAGCGACCUGGACCUGUCACUGUCAUUUCCUUCAGGGACUUCUGCUUCUGAAGGGGCUGGCUGCCAGGAGCGGCCCCAGGCUGCUGGCCCAAGCCUGUGCUCUGAAAGGAGCCCUCCACAGGCCUCUUCAGGGCCUGAGGUACGCUGUGGGCUGGCAUCCCCUGUAGCUGAGGGCCAGGCAGCUGGGCUUACGGGGAACGGAGACCCCCGAGUCCCACAGCAAGCUGGGCCCCUGCCCAAUGCUGGCUUCCUGACUGAAAUUCUGUCCCCUGUGGAUGAGGAACUGUCUUAUGGCAGUGGGGACCUCCCACAUGCCCCCUCCUGGGACGCCCACCUCCCUCCACCGCCUCCCAUUCCCCGCACAGACAGUGAUGGGGAUGAGGCCCAGCCCUGCUCCGAAGACUUCCCUUCCCCUCCCCAGGAGGCCAUGGUUCCCCAAGACUCGCUGGGCCCGCUGGAGGAAGACACUUCCAUCACCACUGAGGACGUGUCCCUGUCAGAGGAGGCCCCGAGGCAGGCUCUGUCACUGGGUCCCCAGCAGUCGGGGCUCUGCCUGGGGCUGCCUGGGCCAUGGGGAGGCCCUGAGGGUAAACUGGGUGGAUCAGGGUCUGCGGUGGGGAUGCGGGCUGUGGGUGGCCAGCGGUCUGAACAGGUCACCUGGCCAGAGUCGCCCUUGGGUGAGGGUGCAGCCAGUGUCUGUGGGGGGCUCCCCAGGGCAUCAGCACAGCCCCGGCCUCCGUCCAGAGCAGCCUGUGUGGCAGCACAGGAUGUGACCGGGCUGUUGGUGGCUGGUGACCCAGAUGUGCUGGGUGUGGGGCCCUGGGCCCUCAAGGGGGCCUCGGGCAGUCGCCUUGGGCCCCAGGAAGAGGUGCAGUGCUUUGAGAGUGCAGGGCACCAGGGAGGCUCAGAAAGCCUCUCAGCCGCUCCCCAAGACGUGGCGGCCUGGGUGGCUUGUGGGUCCCCUGGGCGCCCUGGUGAGGAGGGUGUAGAAGGCCCAAGGCGCUGGGCAGAAGACUCACUGGGCAGAGAGCUCCCAAGGGAACACGUGGCCUCCAGCCCCGCCUCGGGCUCCUGCUCUGAUCUGGGCACAGAGAGGGACGAGGUGGUGACCCUGGUGUCCACCCAGCUCACCCAGAGGAUCCUGUGUGACUCCAUGGCUGUGCUGGCAGGGCUGGCUCCUGGGGGCAGCCUCUAGACACUGCGAAGUCACUGUGUCUCAGCCACCUUUCUCUCCUUGCUGAAACAGGAUACCCAACACCCAAAGUUAGAGGAGGAAAGGUUUAUUUAGCUCACAGUUUGUAGAGAUUUCGGUCCAUCAUCGGCUGGCUCACAGACAGGGUGGCUCAUGGCAGAGGGACAUCUCAGAGGAGAAACAGUCACGGCACCCACAUGGUAGCAAAAGCAACAAGGGAGCCUAACAGCUUCUUUCUGUCCCUCUUAUCCUAUCCGGACUAUCGGAUUAGGGUGACACCAAACCAAUCGGUGGACUGAUUGAGCAAGCACACGCCCUUAAUCACAGCAUCACACACUCUAGAUUCAGCCACCUCUGAACAAGCCCUGUGACCGCAUGAGGCUCCGGGGACAUGUAGACAUAAACCAUGACACUGUAAAUAUGUGUGUGUGUGUGUGUGUGUGUGUGUGCAUGCGCGUGCACGCACGCCUCCGGAAGCUGGAGCUUCCCUUGUGGGCGAGAUGGUCAUGCUGAGUGGCCACCCUGCUGCUGGCUGUGCAGGAAGUCACUCGACAGGCAUCCACUGGCUGCGAUUCUUCCGGCUUCUCAAGGGCCCUGACCCGAGUCAGAGGCGAGCUUGGCAGAGGCUGUGUGGCCAGCACAGAGGGAAGAGUCUUGGCCGGGAGCACAGGGCAGGUGGGCAUGGAUGGUGCAGAGUUUAGGCCUCGCCUUCUGACAGUCUGAGGGUGUGCUGUGGAGGACGGAAGUCCCCCUGACCAGGCUGGGUGUGGGGGGCGUCUCUGUGUUAUUUUUGAGCUGAACCCUACCUCCCGUGCCCUUAGGACAGUGGCUUUGCAUGAGCCCAGUGCCCAGUGCUUUUACAGUGGAAGCAGCUUUGGGGUCUGGAUUUCCUGAGAGGAUUUGGAAGCUGUGACAGGAAGUCUCAGAGGUUGCUUUCCGUUCCUGAAGCAGUGUGUGCACACGCGCGUGUGUGCUUGCUAUUGUCUGUCACUUCUCUGAACCUUCUCACUCACCACCCAUCAUUCAUCCGUGGGUCUGUCUGGCUAUCUGUUGUCUGUCCAUGCAUCUUUACCGACUCACUUCUUAUCUUUAUCAUCACAAGUGAUGCAGGAGCUGGGCACAAGCCUAUAAUCCAGAUCUUUCAGAGGCUGAGGCAGGAAGGUUGCAAGUUCAAGGCCAGCCUAGGGAAUUUAGCAAGACCUUAUCUCAAAAAAAUGCUAAAAGGGGUGGGGCUGUGGCUCAGUGGCAGAGCUUCUUGCCUAGCUUGUGUGAGGCCCUGGGUCCCAUCCC